CUAACCACGUGAUCAAACUUGUAAAUUUCGAGGUUCGCCAUUUUUCUCUCACCUUUACUUGAACGCAGGAAUUUGCAAAGCUCUUGCAGAGCUACAAGACAAUAUUCGAAGGAAUCAGUAUGUCGGAAACUCUAACGUUUGGACCGGAGUGGUUGCGUGCACUGUCCAGUGGUAACAGUGUUACCUCUCCCCCACCUUCCCCUGGGCCAAAGUACAAACUUGCUGAGCACCGGUAUGGUAAGGAGGAGAUGCUGGCGCUGUUCAGUGAGGAUGUCAUGGUGCCCCCAGAGUUACAGUUGUUUGAUUCAAUCUGUAGAACUCGACCUGCUCUUCCUUUAGCUUUUCAACAAUUUACAGAGGAGGAACAGAGAAACUCUGCUGGGUCUGUUAACAGUAAUGCUGUCUUGAAGUUAAUGGGUCGUGGUGCAAUGCGAGGAGUUGGCCCGCCUAGAGGACCGGGUAGGGGUGGAAUUAGAGGGCGCGGCAGGGGGGAUGGGGGAUAUACAAGACAAACAUCAUAUGAAGACACCAGGGGAGAGGGUGGGGCAGGCUUUGGACGAGGCAGCGAGACCCGCAGGCAGGGAUGGAGUGAGAACAGUCGUGGAAGCUUUGAGAGAUCACCAAGCCUUAGAGAAUCAGGUCCAUCUGGUCCUGGCAGAGGAGGGUAUGAUCCAUCUUUAGCUCGACCUCGCCUCUCGAGUGACACAUCUUGGGAACGAGCAGAGAGAAGAUCAGAUAGCGGCAAUUGGAGGUCUGGUGAUGACGAUGAUGGCUGGAGAAUAUCUGGACAGCGGUCCUCUGACAGAUCUGACAAAUGGAGAGGAGGUGGUCCAUCAAGAGGCCGUGCAUCCUGGAGAGGGGGAACAGAGUCCUAUCGAGAACGAGGUCAUCCUGAUGACGAGUGGCAAACAGCACGUGGCAGUCGUCGGUCUUAUCAUGAUAAUGAAGAUGUUCGGUGGGGCUCAUCUUAUGACAGGCUCCCUGAAUGGAGUAAUGAUGAUAAUGAAGAUUUUACAACUCCUGGCACAUUUGAUUCUUCAGGAGCAUUUGUGUCUAAGCAAAAGGAAGAGGACAGCCAAAGUAAAGAUGAGAGAAAAUAUGUUGAAAAUAGAGAUAAAAAUAUGGGAAAUCAGUCUGAAAGUGAUGAUGAAGAACCACCAGAUGUUUGGGAUGAUGAGGACAAGGAUGCAGUCCAAACAAAACACUCUGACUCAGGAACAAGACCUGUCAGUGAAGGAAAACCACCAGAAACAUUAGAACAACAAAAACCACCAGCCGCUAAACCACCUUCUACACAUCAAACAACAGAUACAUGCAAACCUUCUCCCUCAACUACAACUUCACCACCUCCAUCUCCAUCACACUCCUCCACUUCACAGCAAAGAACACCUAAUUCUACUCCAUCCAAUGCACCUAACAAACCAUUCGCCCAUGUACCUCCACAAGCUCACAUCACCACAUCCUCAACAAUGCUGGAACAAGCUGCUGGCAGUCUGAAAGAAGACGAGCCUAACAUGGACCAUUUUGCACAAGCUGCGGAAAACCUUGUGGCUUCAUUAGAUGAUGAUGAAGAGGAGGAUUUAAAAGAAGGGGAACAACCUACUACACAGCAGAAGCAGGAAUAUCGCAGUUCACCAACAACUACAGAAGAGGUGCAAUGGAGUUACACUGAUCCACAGGGCAAAGUGCAAGGUCCAUUUUCCAACUCUGAGAUGGCAGACUGGUUUAGUCAUGGUUACUUCACAAUGGGAUUGUUGGUCAAACGAACUAUUGAUGAGAUUUUCCAACCACUUGGCGAGAUUAUUAAACAAUGGGGGAGAGUGCCCUUCACCCCUGGUCCUCAGCCGCCUCCCUGUAAGGUUGUUCCUGAACACAUUCAGAGACAGCAACAGAUCUUAGCCCAACAACAGCAAUACCAACAUCUGAUGCAGCAACACUACCUUCAACAGCAACUGUUCCAUCAGCAAGCAAUGAUGAUGCAGCAACAACAACUGCAACACAGCCAACAGCAAAUGCAACAGAUGCAGCAGAUGCCACCACCACCUCAGCAUUCCCCAACACAAAACAGCUCAUCUCCUAUGACGCAGCAUGGUCAACCUCAGGCAAAACAGGCAGGAGUCCAUCACUUGGAACAGCAACCCCAACAAGGAAGACCCCAAACUCUGUCACCGCACGCUGAAUCAAUCUGGGGCACUGGAACGCCACCCCAAGCUUCUCCUUCUAUCAUUGCACCUGGUCCUUGGUCUCCUGUAACAACAACAUCGGCUGGAAAAGGCUGGGAUACAGAAAAUAGCCAACAGAAUGUUCCAUCCUUUGAGGAAAUACAGAGAAUGGAAGAAGAGAAAGAAAAGCAGGCAAGGCUUGAAAUGGAAAGAAGAGAAGCUAAUGCCAGGGCUAUGAGACUGAAGCAAGAGGAAGAAGAACGGAGACGCGCGCAGGAGGCAGCCAUGCUCAAGAAACAACAACAAGAGGACGAGGAAAGACGGCAAUUGCAGGAGACGGAGAGAAGAAGAAAAGAACAAGAAGAACUCAGAAAGAAACAGGAAGAAGCGCGAAGAAAACAAGAAGAAGAGCUGAGAAGGAAACAAGAACAACAGGAAGUGUUACGCCAACAAGAACAGCAGCAACGGCAACAGCUUGAGCAACAGAAAGCGGAGCAGAAGCGACUACACGAGGUACGGCAACAGCAGCAGCAAGCUCUUCUUCGACUCCAGCAGCAACAGCAAGAACUCCAGAGAAAGAAAGACUUGCAAAUAAAAGCCGAAUUGCAACAGCGGGAGUUGCAGCAGAAACUGCACCAGAAGAGACAGGAAAGUCAGACGUCAGGAGGGUCUCUGUGGGGUUCUCCUACCCCUGUGUCAGGUACUAUGUCCCUAACCCAGAUUCAACAGCAGGAGGAAAGAGACAAGGUGCAGCGGGAAUUCAAACUGCAGCAGCUUCAGGCCCAGCAGAAAAGGGAACAACAGACACGGGGUGUACCAGGGUGGGGUGAAAGACCACCUGUGGUGAAUCAGCCUGUCAAGUCUUUGCUACAGAUACAACAGGAGCAGGCCCAGCAACAGAACAAAAGGCAGCAGGGAUCUGCUUUGUCGAGAUCACAGCCGAGUCACAAUCCUCUCAGUUCGUCAGUGUGGGGGAAUGCUGGACACCUUUCAGCAUCUUGGGGACCAGCUCCCAAUUCAGCUAACAUCUGGGGCUCAACACCAUCCAAGCCUCCUCCUCCUCCUCAGCAGCAGUAUGAUGACGAAGACGACGACGAAGACGAUGAUGACGACGACAGCGAUGAGGAAGGUGGAGCAUUCUGGGAUGAUGCCGUCAAAGCUGCGAGUAAGAGUCGUGAACAACAACAGCAACAGUUUGUACAACAACAGCGACAGCAACAAAAAGCCAGUCAACCUCAGACCAAUAUGGCGUCUGAUAAGCGAGCUAAUAGAGACGAGGAAAACUUGAGACGGCUUUUCCACAGUCAACCCAGUGUGGACGAGUUUUCUGUUUGGUGUGACCAAGCGCUCCGCAGCCUAAAUAUCGCUUCAGGAAUUGACAUUCCAACAUUCUCGGCAUUUCUCAGUGAUGUGGAAUCACCGUAUGAGGUUUACGACUACGUCAAGUCUUACUUAGGAGACAAUCGCGAAACGAGAGAUUUUGCUCGCGAGUUCAUCGAAAGACGGAAGAAACAAAAGGACAAAAUUCCUGCUUCUCUUCCACCGUUUUCUCAAGCAAGUGUGUGGGGUGCACCUGUUCCUCGGGGACCAUCUGCAGCCAGGCCCACGAAUAUGACCCAAUCAGGCGCCUUCCUAUCGGGUCCACCUCAAGAGGAUCCUCAGGAAGCAAUGAAUAAGAAGAAAAGAAAGAAAAAGAUGCAGAAAGUGGACCCGAGCAUUUUGGGAUUCAGCGUGAAUGCGGCGGAUCGAGUGAACAUGGGAGAAAUACAGACUGUCGAAGACUAGCAAUGAGACCUUUAAACAAAUGCAAAGGUGGCGACAAAGCUUCGCCUUGGCCUUUUUCGAAACAGAAAAAAAAAGAAACAAAUUGUUUUAUAUGUUAGACCAAAUAUCGAGUAGCGAAUUUUUAAUCGGCGACCGCGUGGAGCGGUGGAGAAAUGUGGACUGUACAAACUGUAAAUGGCGAACAAAAGCUCAAGCCCUAAUAUAGCUGAAAAUAUUUUCUUUGA